CUCACUCCACGUCAGAGGGAACCGGGCGGAGCGGCCAACAUGGCGGAACGCAGGCGACACAAGAAGCGGAUCCAGGAAGUUGGUGAGCCAUCUAAAGAAGAAAAGGCUGUAGCCAAAUAUCUUCGAUUCAAUUGUCCGACAAAAUCUACCAAUAUGAUGGGUCACCGCGUGGAUUAUUUUAUUGCUUCAAAAGCAGUGGAUUGCCUUUUGGAUUCAAAGUGGGCAAAGGCCAAGAAAGGAGAGGAAGCUUUAUUUACAAACCGGGAGUCUGUGGUUGACUACUGCAACAGGCUGUUAAAGAAGCAGUUCUUUCAUAGAGCGCUAAAAGUAAUGAAAAUGAAGUAUGAUAAAGACAUAAAGAAAGAAAAAGAGAAAGGAAAAGUAGAAAGUGGAAAAGAAGAAGAUAAAAAGAGCAAGAAGGAAAACACAAAGGAUGAAAAGAUGAAGAAGGAAAAAGAGAAAAAGAAAGAUGGUGAAAAAGAAGAAUCCAAAAAGGAGGAAACUCCAGGAACUCCCAAAAAGAAAGAAACUAAGAAAAAAUUCAAGCUUGAACCGCAUGAUGAUCAAGUUUUUCUGGAUGGAAAUGAGGUAUUUGUGUGGAUCUACGACCCAGUUCACUUCAAGACAUUUGUCAUGGGAUUAAUUCUUGUGAUUGCAGUCAUAGCAGCAACUCUCUUCCCUCUUUGGCCAGCAGAAAUGAGAGUAGGUGUUUAUUACCUUAGUGUGGGCGCCGGCUGCUUUGUAGCCAGCAUUCUUCUUCUUGCUAUUGCUCGUUGCAUUCUGUUUCUCAUCAUUUGGCUCAUAACUGGAGGAAGGCAUCACUUUUGGUUCUUGCCAAAUCUUACUGCUGACGUUGGCUUCAUUGACUCCUUCAGGCCUCUGUACACACAUGAAUACAAAGGACCAAAAGCAGACUUAAAGAAAGAUGAGAAAUCUGAAGCUAAAAAGCAGCAGAAGUCUGACAGUGAGGAGAAAUCAGACAGUGAGAAAAAGGAAGAUGAGGAGGGAAAAGUAGGACCAGGAAACAACGGAACAGAAGGUUCAGGUGGAGAACGACAUUCAGACACAGACAGUGACCGGAGGGAAGAUGACCGAUCCCAACACAGUAGUGGGAAUGGGAAUGAUUUUGAGAUGAUCACAAAAGAGGAACUGGAACAGCAAACAGAUGGGGAUUGUGAAGAAGAGGAGGAUGAGGAAAACAAUGAUGGAGAUACAACUAAAGCUUCCCAUGAAAAAUCAUAAACUUAAUAUACUCUUGGGACUGGAAAAAUGCAAGAGGUUGGAUUUUCUAUGUUGGUCGAUCAUCAAAAUUAUACAUGUGGUAUUUGUAGCAUCUUUUAAAUCCAUUUGCUGAAAUGAGUUCUAUUCAGUUCUUCGUGUUACAGACUACUAUUACUGGGUGCACUCUAAAGCCAUUAAAACAUACAUUUUAUCCAUUUGAUAAUUUCACAGUAAGCAGGCAUCAUUCCUUUUGAUAGUUAUCAAAGAUGCAGUUUUCACAAUGACAUUUAGAUUAAUGACAUUUUUAAUAAUUGUAUGGCUUUUUACUGUUAGACUGAUCAGAAUAACUUUUAAAAGUAUAAAAGAAAGACCAACAUUUCAGAUUAUGCACAGUUAUGUAGCCGUUUCACUAUUUCUUUAAGAUGAAAUACAUAAACUCAUUGUUCUCUUGAUAAUUACACUUUGGUUUUUAAUUUUACACACUAACCAGGAAAUUUCUUUGUUGUAAGAUUCUGAGUGAGCAGAGUUCAAGAGCAUUUUGUGAAAACAUGCCAACUAGAAAUAAUGCAGCAACACUUUAUAGUUUAGCUACAAAUUAUCCUUUCCAACUUAGGAAAUCCAAACUGGUUUGUACAUCUGAUUCAGAAAAAAAAGAUGGUCAUCACCAACAGAAUGCGAUGACCCUUCCUCUCCUUCCCCAUAUCCUUGUCGUAACAUAAAAUGUAUUCUGUACAUAAAUUACAAAUAAACAUUUUAUUUUAAUUGUUACUCAUUAUUUAGACAUUGUCUCAACACUUAAAUUUGUAAAAUUAAAACCAUGUAAGGGUAUGUUUUUAGAGAAAUGCAAGUUUCAAUAACCCACAGAACAUCUGUGAUCAAUCUUUCUACAGCAGCUUCAGUUUUGUGCCAACAUUCCAUGUAUUUGAAUGAGUGAAAACUGAUCCUUAUUAAAUAAGAGCAGAUUUAAAGUAGUUGUUUGUAUACCUUAAUGUUCAUUUUGAUUUAUUUUAAACCUCUGCAUUCAGAAAUGGAGUACUGUAUUAUCAAACCAGAGGCACUGCUGUGAAAGAUUUACUGUUCUAAAAUAUCAAUUUAAAAUAAAGAGCAUAAGAGAA